AUGACUAUCACACGCUCCCAAACGGGGAAAACACCCAAGAAGAUGGAUCGCCCUGGUUUCAUUGAGACCCCUGGUCGUCGCGGAACUCGCAACAGCUCUGUCUUCGAUGGCAGUGAAAACGAACAAGUCAUCGACUCGCCGGUCGCGAACCGAUCCAAGUCGGCCACUCGUCGUCGUACUUCCGCCAAGGUCACUUCUGAUGAGGAUGAAACGCCGGUCAAGUCUGAGACCAAUGGCAAGGCUUCCACUCCCAAAUCCAAGUCCAAGUCCAAGUCUCGCAUUGUGGACGGGUGGGAAGAAGGACUCGACCCCAAGGUUGACUACAGCGGACACUACGAAUUUGGCGGCUCCCUGGGGGUAUCAGCUAUGAUGAUUGGAUUCCCUAUGCUGAUGUACUAUAUGUGGAUCGGCGCGACCUACUAUAAUGGCAAAUUCCCUACCCGCGCGGAGGGGCAAAGCUUCUCUGAUUUCUUCGGCCACAUGGCGCAUCUGGUCUAUACUGGCGCUUUCCCUUCGCUCAAGGCUUGGGCUAUAUACUGGACUUUCUUCAUCUUUGAGGGUGCUUGCUACGUGCUGCUUCCUGGCGUUUCCGUUACUGGUCGUCCUUUGCCGCACUCGGGUGGUAAGCAGCUGCCAUACUACUGCUCAGCUGUCUGGUCUUUCUACACUAGCAUUAUUCUAGUGUUGGUCUUGCACUUCACCGGUAUCUUCAAGCUAUACACAAUUAUCGACGAGUUCGGACCCAUCCUCAGCGUUGCCAUUCUGUCGGGCUUCCUGGUAUCUAUUGUCGCCUACCUCUCAGCUCUCGCUCGUGGUGCAGAGCACCGCAUGACUGGAUCCCCAAUUUAUGAUUUCUUCAUGGGUGCGGAACUCAAUCCCCGUAUGUUUGGAAUUCUUGAUUUCAAGAUGUUCUUCGAGGUCCGUCUGCCUUGGUACAUUCUGCUUUUCCUUUCUAUGGGUGCAGCCGCUCGCCAGUAUGAAGUCUACGGCUAUGUGUCUGGUGAAGUGAUGUUCCUUGUAAUGGCUCACUACCUUUACGCCAAUGCCUGCUCUAAGGGUGAAGAGUGCAUCGUGUCCACCUGGGACAUGUACUACGAGAAGUGGGGUUUCAUGCUUAUCUUCUGGAAUUUGGCCGGUGUUCCCCUGAGUUACUGUCAUUGCACUAUCUACUUGGCCAACCACGACCCUGCUGAAUACCGCUGGAACCGCUUUUUCCUGGCUUUCCUCUUUAUCGCUUACCUCUUUGUUUACUGGGUCUGGGAUACUACCAACAGCCAGAAGAACCGUUUCCGCCAGCAGGAACGCGGAACUAUGGUGGCCCGUAAUACUUUCCCUCAGCUGCCCUGGCAAACAGUCAAGAACCCCAAGACUAUUACCGCCGAUGAUGGCUCAAAGAUCCUUGUUGACGGGUGGUAUGGCAAAGCUCGCAAGAUCCACUACACUUGCGAUCUCUUCUUUGCUUUGAACUGGGGUCUUAUCACUGGCUUCUCAAGCCCCUUCCCCUGGUUCUAUCCGCUCUUCUUCGCCUGCAUGAUCUCUCACCGUGCGCUUCGUGAUAUCCAACGCUGCCGCACCAAGUACGGCGAGGCCUGGCUCCAGUAUGAGCGGGAUGUUCCUUACCUUUUCAUCCCCUAUGUCAUCUAA